ACGGAUGUUGUGACGUCAAGAUCAAGUUCAUCAUCAUAUAAACAAUCCAGCAUGGCGGAGGAGGCGGCUGAGAAAAAGUUAACAUUUAAGGACCUCGGCGUGGUGGAGGAGCUGUGCCUGGCCUGUGAGCGGCUGGGAUGGAAGGAGCCCACGGCCAUCCAGAGGGAGGCCAUCCCCCUGGCCCUGCAAGACAAGGACGUGAUAGGCCUGGCGGAGACUGGCUCGGGCAAGACCGGCGCCUUCGGCCUGCCGCUGCUGCAGGCGCUGAUUGCCCGGCCCCAGCGCCUCUUUGGCCUGGUGCUGACGCCCACCAGGGAGCUGGCCUUCCAGAUCAAGGAGCAGUUUGAGGCCCUGGGUCGCGGUGUGGGCGUGACCUGCGUGGUGAUAGUGGGCGGGAUGGACAUGACGCAGCAGGCCCUGGAGCUGGCCAAACGCCCGCACCUCAUCGUGGCCACGCCGGGCCGACUCGUGGACCAUCUGGAGAAGACCAAGGGGUUCAACAUGAGGGCCCUGAAGUACCUGGUGAUGGACGAGGCUGACCGCAUCCUCAACCUUGACUUCGAGGAGGAGGUAGACAAGAUUCUGAAGGAGCUGCCGAGGGAGAGACGCACCAUGCUGUUCUCUGCCACCAUGACCUCCAAGGUCAACAAGCUACAGAGGGCGCAUUUGAGGGACCCGGUCAAGGUUGAGGUCUCGUCAAAAUACCAAACAGUGUCCAAACUCAAACAGUACAUGCUCUUCGUGCCCUGCAAACACAAGCACAUGUACCUCAUCCACAUUCUGAACGAGAUCGGGAGCCAGUCGGUGAUGGUGUUCUGCUCCACCCAGCUCUCCACGCUGCGCACCGCCCUCAUGCUGCGUAACCUGGGCUUCACCGCCAUCCCCCUCUACGGCAAGAUGAGCCAGAACAAGCGACUCGGUGCCCUAAGCAAGUUUAAGGCUCGGGAACGGUCGAUUUUGCUAGCUACGGAUGUCGCCUCAAGGGGUCUGGACAUUCCCUUGGUGGACUACGUGAUCAACUUUGACGUUCCGAUGCACAGCAAAAACUACAUCCACCGCGUUGGCCGCACCGCCCGGGCCGGCAAGGCAGGCGUGGCCAUCACCCUAGUGUCCCAGUACGAGGUGGAGGUGUACCAGCGGAUCGAGGAGCUGCUCAACACCCGCUUGGAGGUGUACCCCGUCGUGAAGGAGGAGGUGAUGGUGCUGGAGGAGCGAGUGGCGGAGGCCGAGCGCUUUGCCAAGAUCGAAAUGUCCCGGCUGGAUGAGAAGGGAGGAAGGAAGGGAGGGAGGAAGAGGGGGGCUGAUGAUGACGAUGGGGAAGGGAGCAUGGGAGUGAGGAACCGCAUCAACAACAACAAGAACAAGAACAACAACAACAACAACAGCAACAAUAACAGGAAGAAAAAGAAGUUCAAGGGAAGACAAUGAGGAGGAGGAGGAGGAGGAAGAAAGGAAGAAGGAGAAAGAGAGAUGAGAAGAGAGUAUUAAAAGGAGAAAGAAGAGAAGAGGAGAAGAAGGAAGAAAGGAGGAGAGAAGAAGAGGAAGAAAGGAAGGAGAGAGAGAGAUGAGAAGAGAAUAUUAAAAGGAGAAAGAGGAGGAGGAGGAGGAGGAAGGAAAGAAGGAAGGAAGGAAAGGAAUGAGAGAAGAUUGAAAGUAAGGAAGAGAAGAAGAAGAGAGGAGGAGGAGGAGGAGGAGGAAGAAGAAAUGUAAAAAUAACUUGUUUAAAUAAUAAGUAUUUGUCUAAUAAAAAAUUAUAAAUAUUA